AUGACUUUUGGCGUCACCCAACCCGAAUUUCCCGAAGGCUGUGCCGUCGUGUUCGGCGGCUCUGGCGGCCUCGGCCGCGCGAGCGCUGGCCUGAUGGCGGAGCGCGGUUCCAAUGUUGUCGUCACCUACCGUUCGCGCCGCGCCGAAGCCGAGUCCUUAGUGGAGGAGCUGCGCAAGCUCGGGCGCCAAGCGAGCGCGAUAGCCUGUGACGUUACCGACCUCAAGGCGGUCGAGGCCGUCUUCAAGCACGCUGUGGACACAUACGAGCGCGUGCACACGGUCGUGUCCGCCGGCGGCCUAGUGUUCGAUACGGGCCCGUUGGCGGAGUUCACGGAGGAGUCCUUCCGCGGCGUCAUGGAAACCGACGUCUACGGCUUCUAUAACAUCGCCAAGGUCGGCGUGCCGGUACUGCGAGAGGGGAAGGGCGGCUCGUUCGUCGCCCUGAUCACCAGCGCAGUGAAUCGCACCGUGCCGUGUGAUGCGCUCUCCGCCACGCCCAAGGCGGCGGUGGCUAUGAUGGUGCGCCAGCUCGCUACCGAGGAGGCUGCUCACGGCAUCCGCGCCAAUGCCGUGGGACCCGGCGUUAUCAACGCCGGUAUGGUGCUGCCGAUGAUGAAUACGCCGACGCGGGCCCUGCUGGAGGGUGCCACUGCGGCGACGCCGCUUAAGCGCUGGGGCGAGGCUGCCGAAAUUGCUGAGGCAGUAGCUUUCUUGGCCUCAUCGAAGGCGUCCUUUAUCACCGGCCAGAUCUUGAUGGUUGACGGUGGCCUCGCUGCCUAG